CAAUCAAUCCAAAUAUGCUCUUAAUGUAUCCUUAACCUAUAACUUUUGACUUACUUUUGCUUAUUUUCACACAAAACAAAUACUCAAAAUUACUUUUAUAUUACAGAGACAUUACAAAAAUGCUUUAAAACUGUUAAAAAAUAAAAGAGGAAAAAACAGUGGUUGGGGAGAAGAGCAUUAGGGCAACGAAAGAAAUUGUUUGAUAAUGAAAUAUAGAGUUGCAAUUUCCUUGUUCCUUGGUGGUCAUCUCCCUCCCAAUUUGCCAUCUUUUCUUCUUCGAUCCAGCAGUGGUGUUUCCGUUCCCCAUGCUAGUCUCCUACCUGGUGCUCUCUCAAGGUCUACUUGUGGAAUCAGGUUCUCUACUUUUACUUCCUUCACCAAUUCACAUGAUUAUAAAGAAGUAUAUUCUGAUUUUUCCAAAGAAGAUGUUGAAACAAUUGAAGCCAUUUUUAAACAACCCGGAACCCAUGUGCAUAAUAAACUCGAGCAAUGUGGUGUAAGGCCCACACACAAUCUAGUUACUCUUAUUCUUUCUCGUGCACGGAAUAAUUGGGAAGUUGCAUUCACUUUCUUCAUAUGGGCCACCAAACAAACAGGUUAUGUUCAUUCUGUGCGUCAAUACCAUUCUAUGAUAUCUAUACUUGGAAAAAUGAGAAAGUUUGACACUGCAUGGUCACUCAUUGAGGAAAUGAGAGGUGGUAAAGAUAGACCAUCGCUUGUCAAUCCUCAGACGCUCUUGAUUAUGAUUAGGAAAUACUGUGCUGUGCAUGAAGUUGGAAAAGCUAUCAGUACUUUUUAUGCAUUUAAGCGGUUUAAUUUAGAUAUUGAAAUAGAAGAAUUUCAAGACCUUUUGUCUGCCCUUGUUCGCUACAAAAAUGUAAAAGAUGCCGAGCACUUGCUUUUUUGCAAUACGAAUGUUUUCCCGUUGAAUACCAAGAGUUUGAAUAUCAUUCUGAAUGGAUGGUGUCUUGCCCGUGAUGAUUUAAGUGAGGGAAAGAGGAUUUGGAGGUUGAUGAAGGAAAAAAGGAUUCCUCGUGAUGUUUUUUCAUAUUGUAGUAUCAUGUCUUGCUAUUCGAGGGCUGGUAGACUCAAUGUUGUGCUUAAGCUUUUCGAUGAGAUGAAAUUGUGUGGGGUUGCACCUGAUGUUAAGGUUUAUAAUGCUGUCAUUCAUGCUCUUGCAAAAGGCAGGUUGGUUAAACAAGCUAGGAGUGUGAUGAAGAUGAUGGAAGAGAAUGAUCUUGCUCCAAACGCUGUUACUUAUAACUCAUUAAUCAUGCCUCUCUGCAAAGCUCGAUUACCAGAUGAAGCUCAAGAGAUCUUCAAUGAGAUGAUUCAACGAGGCAUACAUCCUACUGUCCGAACUUACCAUGCAUUGCUUCGUAGCCUGAGGACAGGGGAAGAAGUGUUCGAGCACUUGCAGAAGAUGAACACGAUGGGAUGUAUUCCAACUCAUGACACUUAUAUAAUGUUAAUCCGGAAGUUUUGCCGAUGGUGCCAACUUGAUAAUGUUUUCAUGUUGUGGGAUAAGAUGAGCAAGAUUGGCUUGGACCAUGAUCGAAGUUCAUAUAUAGUGCUGAUACAUGGACUCUUUUUGAAUGGGAAGCUGGAGGAGUCGUACAAAUACUAUCACGAAAUGAAGCAAAAAGGUUUACUGCCGGAGCCCAAGAUAGAUGAAAUGCUUCAAGCUUGGGUAGCUGGCAGGAGAGAUUCUCAAGAGAAUAAAGUAACAUGUCAUCAGGAGAACAAAAAGGUGGUCAAAUUUGAAAAAGCUGAUAAAGAAAGGGAUUUCCAUAAAAAACCUGAAAUGAGAAAAGUUAUGAGAGAGCGUGGCUUUUCUUUCUGGGGUCAGUAGAGUCAAUGUUGAUUAUAAAAUUACUGUUGGGAAUCUGGCUCGGGUCACUGUACAUACAGGUGCAUCAGAAUGUCCGCCAAAUGCAAUAUGGAAUUAUCCUCAACAGGCCUUCUGGAUCUUGCUCCCCCCCCUCAUCCAACUACUCAAUAAGUCUGCAGUGUGGUUAGGCAUGGUCCAAUUUGUCUCUGUGAGACCAAGGAAGAUGACCCAAGUUUGUGUCGUAAAGUUGUAAACAUGCAAUGCAAGAGUAGAUGCUUGUUGGUCGCCUCUGCCUUCCCGCAUAAUAAACACCAAGGUCUCGGGGUUAUCAUGAAUUAAAGUGAAGAGGAGAUGUAGCGAACGACUUGUCUAUAGAGUUACUAAGAGUACUAACUUUCUUGCAUUACAUGGUGGGGUUUGUGUUUUUUUCCUGUAACUAGUGCAAGAAAAUUUAUUUUGGUUGAUAAGCCAAUCUGGUGAGUAACUGUUUGCUUAGAUUGGGCAAUGCGUUUAAGCUGGGACUCCAGAAUCCAUUUUGGGGGCAGAAAGCAGGCUUUGAGAUUAUGUAGAAAUUUCACUUGCCCAACAGAGAAUGUGGUUUCGCAAUUCGAAAUUCUUCUAUUAUGUAGCGUCUGCAGGAUGAACUGACUUGCAAUGUGCUUGAAGCUCCUGCAACUUUAGCAUCAGCAAAGGCAAAUUUGUUUGUAAUUGACCAGAGAAAGAACUUUUCAGUAGUUGGGGCCCUUUCUCGUGCAUUUGCUAUACCAUCAUUAUCAGGGCCUGCAUUUUAGGUCUGUUGCUGUCUCAUUGAUCUGCUGAUAUCUGAGCCUAAUCAAGGUUCAUUAGACAUUGAUUGUCAGAAAGCAGUUACAGCUAUUUGCAGUUCAAUAAUUUUUCUAUUGCCUGUUCCUCAAGUAUAAUGACCUCAAGGCAUCACACAGCUGGUUUGUCAGUGCACAAUUCUAUUACUUAUUUCAAUUUAGAAGCUUCAAUCAUUGUUGAAAAGAGAGUUUGAGAAAUAACGAUCAGCACGAUAACUCCUUGCUUUAUGGAGAUUUUGCUUAUAAUGUUGCAAAGAAGAGGGAAAAUUCAAAUCUACAUGAAGGAUUAGAUUCAAUGGUUUCCACAAUUCAUUACCUGCAUGUUUCUCUGCUGGCACUGCCCCUCAUCUGUCCUUUGUUAAAUCUGUCUGUGAGGUACAGCUUGGAUUCAGAGAUACUUCUGAAGACUGUUUCCUGAGCUUUUAUGUUCUUAUUAACCAAAUCAAGUUACAAUGGCUGUCAUCUUGUAUAAAUGACACGUAAUUGGUUUAGUGUUAUGGAAUUACUCUGAUUUAUAAUAGAAUAACAAAUAUCAAGUUUUUGUACAAAGAAA